CUACAAUGUUCAUCAUACAAUACAAAAUGUUACCAUUAAGUAGAGCAUCAGAUGAACAGAUAACAGGCCGUAUCACAGGAGGAAGUAAUUAAGAAGUUUUGAGACAUUUUCCUCUUCAAACUCUUAAUUACUGUCUGAUCUAUCUGACGAAAUCCAGUUGUUGCUAAUGAAAACUCUCAAAGAAAAUUCAAAUGAUCAAAGAAAAUCUUAAGAAAAAUUUUUAAAAACUUAAGAAAUCUUAGGUUUCUCUUAAGAAAUUUUAUUAAAAAAAUAAGGAAUUCUUAAGAAAAUAAAAAAAAUCUUAAAAAACCUAAGAAAAUUUCGCUUAAAAAAUUUUCCGAGCCAAGCGAAUUACCGCAAAUCGAUUUUUUCAAGCCUCAUAAGCCCAUAAGCAGCUCUCUAUCAAACUAGAAAUUGAAUUUCCCUUGAAAAAUCUUCAAAUUUUCAAACUCUAAAAAUUUUAUUUUUAGAUCCAUGACUCAAGCUUAUUUCAAUGCCCAAAAGACAUUCAAUUGAAAUUGAUUAAUACACGAUCAUUUAUUCCCUAGCUACGACAGCCACAAGGUUCUCCCGAUAAUCCUCCUUUAUCGGAGCUGUUCAGAUAAAUGAAAUAUUUAUGAUAGCAAUAAUCUAAUCUCCCUGAUUACCUUUAAUUGGUACUAAAUGUCUUUGGAAACACAUUCCUUCUCUACUGUUUACAAACAAUUUAAAAAUUCAGCCUUUUCGACAUUUCUCCUGCUACCUGCUUCGCCGAUAAGGCGCGUAUCAGGUGAUGAAAGGUUACCGGGAUUUUUUGGGAGUCUGCUAAUUGGAUGAUAUACAGCAGGGGUUUUACGAUAGAAAGCCAUGUGACAGGAGGGAGAUUUUCAGUAGCUGUUGCUAUCAAAUUUUCAGAGAUUCGAUCUGCAGUAUUGGCUCUCAAAGCCACACCUCAAUGGCCCCAGAAUAAUCAUUCACACGGUAGUAGCGCUGAGACAGUCAACUUUGCAAGUGAAAAUGUUCGCGCGUUUUUUCGUUGUUGCCUGCGUGGUUUUGACCGUUAACGCGGCAACGCUUAAGGAAGCUUUCUGCGCUAAAAAUCCCUCCAACCCCGAUUGCAGGGAACGAAGGCAGCACCCACGGAUGCCAGAAGAUGGCAUUACCCCUGCUUUUGUACCAGGUGCUGAAAUGACUCAGGAGUACUGGAUUGAAAUUGCUAAGGCCUAUGUAUCGGAUCAGAUUAAGAGGACUCACAAUAUGAACAAGGUGAAGAAUGUAAUUUACUUCUUGGGAGAUGGAAUGGGAAUUUCCACGGUAACUGCUUCGAGAAAUGUCCUCGGGGGUGAAGAGAAGAAGCUUUCUUUUGAAAAGUUUCCCUAUACCGGCUCAUCGAUGACUUACUGCGUUAACCGGCCAGUUCCUGAUUCAGCCAGUACAUCAACUGCCUACUUAACAGGCGUGAAGGCUAAUUACGGCACAGUGGGUGUGAGCCCUAAAGUAGCUAGGUAUCACUGUACUGAUGGAAUUGAUCCAGAAAAUCAGACAACUUCCUUGGCAAAGUUAGCUCAGAUGCAGGGCAAGUCUACAGGUUUUGUAACAAAUACCAGAGUAACUCAUGCUUCACCUGCUGGCCUCUUUGGGCACUCUUCUUCACGAGGAUUUGAAGAUGAUGCUGAAAUUCUAAGUCGUGGCUGUGAUCCUGAAGUCAUGGAUGAUCUGACAGAGCAACUGGUGCACGGAGACGUUGGACGACACUUUAAGGUCAUCAUGGGAGGUGGACGUCGUCAUUUCCGCGAUGUAAGCGUUCGUGAUGAGGAAAACCGCAGCGGACGUCGUACAGAUGGGAAAGAUUUGGUACAGGAAUGGCUUGAUGAUCCCUCAAAAGAAAACAAACAGUUCGUGUGGAACAGGGAGCAACUCCUAAAUAUUGAUCCUGCAACAACAGAUCAUGUUUUGGGACUUUUUGAGCACACUCAUAUGCUCUAUCACCUGGAAGCUAUUGCCAACAACAGAACAGACACAGAGCCAACAAUUGUUGAGAUGACACAAAAAGCUUUGGAGAUUGUUAGUAAGAACCCAAAUGGAUUCUUCCUGUUUGUUGAAGGCGGUCGUAUUGAUCUGGCGCAUCACAGCAACAGAGCCAGAGCGGCUUUUGAUGAAACAAACGAAUUCAGUAAAGCAAUUGAUCUAGCAAGGAGUAUGUUCAGCGAAGAGGAUACGUUGAUCGUUGUAACGGCUGAUCAUAGUCAUGUUAACUCCUUCGCAGGAUAUCCUAAUCGAAAGCACGAUAUUUUCGGGUAUGUUGGCAAUGCAACGGAUGGUAAGCCCUACUUCACAAUCAGCUACGGCAACGGGCCUCACUACGACGAUCACGUUGUCCCAGGCGUUGGAAGAGUUGAUCCUAGCACUAUGGAUACUAGCGCUUGGAACUUUGGCUUUCCCAGCCUUGCGCCAAUGGACACAGAAACGCACGGAGGUGAAGACGUGCCAGUCUACGCAUCAGGCCCAUGGGCACACCUCUUUACGGGAACGUACGAGCAGAACGUCAUUCCUCACCUCAUAGCAUUCGCAGCAGAUUAUAUUGGAGACGGAUGGCUGUCUAAGGCUGAUCUUGGACUAUAAAUCAACGAACUGGCAGCUGGAAAAAAUCCCCAUUUACUACCUGAAAUUGAUAUAGGCUGCUAAUCAACAUGGCGCGAUCGCAUCAAUAUUGUGAAAGGAGGAAUUAAAUGAAUGAAAAUAAAAUGAACGAUUGUUGUUGUUGCGCAGUUUAACAUUUUUUGAUUGACUCAAAUAUAAAACGGUUGAAAU